AUGUAUUCUCAGGGUGCAGCUGGUGAUGGAUGGGAUGCAUUAACUGUCUGGGGAAGUUUCAGCCCCACGCCCGGCCCGUCGCCCGCGCCCCGCUCGUCGCCGCCGCCGCCGGCCGCCUCCGCCCCUCCCGCCCGCCUCCUCCCUCGCCGGCCCCGUCGCCCCGCCGCUGCCGGCCGCCCCCGCGCCAUAGAGCUGGCCGCCUCCGCCUCCCCGCUCGCCUCCUUCGUCGCCGGCCCCGUCGCCUCUCUCGCCGCCCACUCCGCCUCAAUUCCGCCCGGCCCCGCCCUCGCCGUCCACCUCCGCUUCCUCCGCCCCAACGCCUUCGCCCGUCUCCGCGACGCCAGGCUUCGCCGCGGCCGAAGGGCCGCAUCCCGCCCGGCCCCGCCCUCGCCGUCCACCUCCACUUCCUCCGCGCGCAUACUCGGGUGGGGCGGCGCGUACGCAUACUCCGGCCCCGAGCACUCACCAAGUGACCAGCGCCUCCUCCUCCUUCCUCCCCUCCCUCUCGGAUUCUUCCAGCUCAAUACUUUGGCGGAGGAGAAUUUCCGCACCAUACUCCGAGUUCCUGUCAGCGGCAAUGCGGCAGAGGAGGAUCCGAAGGACGACGAUGAGGGAGAGGAGCGCGUGCCCCGUAAGGCUGCCCCUCGACCUACUAAGCGUCCCCAUGCCAAAGCUUCCGGCUCCGAAGCCGGAGGUAGCGGCGAGGCUUCUGCCAAGAAGGCCAAGACUAACUUUGGAGAUCCGACUAACCUUACCUCCACCCCGAAAGCAUACGCGACCAAAAUUUUUAGCAAGCUUACUGAAGCGGAGAAAUGGGAGCUUGAACAAGAUCUGCUCAACUCUAUGUUGGACAAUGCCUGGGGUAAGCCUGAUGUCGAGUCCUCGGAAAUUCAGGACAUCAAGAAGGAAACCGGCCAGUUUCUCGACAGACUCCUCUGCAAGCGCAAGGAACAGCAGGCGCUACAUUAUGAGCUUCACAAGAACAUUGCCCUGCAGCGCCGCGUUACCCUGAGCCAGAUGGAGAAAAUUAAGAUGUGUAAGCAGGAGAAUGCGGAUCUAAAAAAGCAGCUGUCAGAAGCCCAAGGUGCAUCCUCUUCCCUCGCCACAGCCUCCUCCGAGCUCGAGACACUUUGCUCCACCCAUAAAGAUCUAGAGGCGAAGCUAGCAGAGGCGGAGAAGAAGCUGGCGGAAAAGAAAUCAGAACUCAUCCGGAAAGAGGGUGAAUUCGAGCUGAAAAGAAAAAACCGAUAG